CGUUGUGACAUUUGCGGCCGUUAAAUGUUUUGAGUUCGUCAACCGGAUUGUUAAAAGUAAAAAAAAACUAUAAUUUAGAUAAUCCUCAUAGUCGUCAACUUAAAAUGAUUAUUCUGUUGUAACUAAACAGCAUCGGGUUCUAAUUACAUUAACAAUAUUUUGAUUUAAACAACAAUGGGAACAAACACGAGUAAACCCAAUAAUGAAGCACCAACUAUUGCUCCAGUGAAGAAUGAAUUAGACGUUGAUAAUAACUCAGAUCCUCGAUCUCCAACUCCUGAAAUUACUCGGACUCCAUUACAGAAUAAGGCGUCCGGUAAACAUAACAUUACUAAAAACGCAGAUUUGAGGAAGACUUUCGAAAAUGUUAACGGUGAUCAAAAAUUGAUACACAAUAAUCCUAUUCUCUCGGCUGUGAUAAAAAACCACUUACAGUCAUAUGAUCCACGCUCUCCUACCCAAGACUUUGAACGCACACCUAUAAUAAUUUCGACAAAAACUGAUGGAGUAGCUAAUGACAAGAAACUAUUAAGACUACAGAGUGAAAACUGUGCCAGUCCUGUGUUAAAGUCUGACAACGACGACAGUUGCGAUAGUUGCGCUGAAGCAUGCGAGAAGAGUCCAGAUCUAGUUGUAUCUCGCAACUUGUGCGACGGAUUCUUCAAUAUUACUUUGGAUGAUACAUUGAAAGAGCCUGAGGAGCCCUUGGGAUCAUCCACAGCUUCUUGUGAAGCUAUUGAAAAUAAUAUUUCAAAGGAAGACCAACAGAAAAAGUUUUUGGAAACCAACUUUGAGUAUUUAGAAAGUGAAGGUGAUAGAUUUGAAGACAGCGAAGAAAAUAUUAAUAGCAUAGAAGAGACUGAUGUUGUAAAUGAAGAUGAACAUGAUGGGCAAGCGUUCCAAAUCCUCAAUGAUGAUCCUCGAUCUCCAUCAAUUGGUAUUGAGAGAACACCUAUUGUUGUAGCUAAACUGGAAGAAGACUCAAAUGUUGAAACAAUGUCAGAUGACACACUAAUUAAAGUCUUACAGAAUACUAAUGCUGAACUUCGCUUAACUGGCAACAAACCAGAAUCAAAUGCUGAUGGUCUGCUGAUUUAUGAAGAUGAAGCCACUAAAUUGAGCGAUACACCAAAGAAGUCCAAAUCUGCAAGUAACAGUGGCUCUAGGACACCGCUAUCUUGUAUGAAAAACAAAGCAGAUGUUGGUCAUACCCGAUCUAAAUCAGCAAAUACUAUAUAUGACCCUAAGAACCAAAAGAAUGUUCUUUCCAAAAUUCCUAAAAGAGUAUCACAUAUUCCAAGACUGAAGUGUUUAACAAAGCAGUCAGGCUUAAUGCCUGGAGGAAGCAGUGUUUCUUUGAAAAACAUUUCUAAAACUGCAGCAAUAGGUGGAGAUUGUGAGAAUACUCCUCCCCACUCACAUCGCGAUCGCUGGGAUAAGGACAACAGUAUUGUACUUUGAAAUUGUUUUGUGUAACUUAUAGCAAGUAUGCUGUACUAACUAUAUUUUUGUACCUUUGAAAUUGUUUAAUAUGUUAAUGUGAAUUGAAAUGUUAAGAAUGAACAAUUUUCUUUGACAUCAUGCUUUAAUGUCUACAAAUAAGCAAUUUUUGACUGCUCAAUGAAACAAACAUAAAUUGUAUUGUUAUCUUUUCCUAGCAGUAAUCAUUAUGAUAUACAAUAAACUUUUUUAUGUAAA